UUCGUUGGUGUCUGGUGAAGAGUUUCGGCUCCUUUCAAGAACAACGUGCGCUGUGACAUCACCGUCUCCUGAUCUCAUUACGGGUAGGGUUACAGGAGAGAAAAAAAUAAGGAGGAUGUUGUUUUUAUCCUAGAGAAGGAAGUCAUCCUCAUCACAUAAAAACGCAUAGAAGAGCCCAGCUGCGAGCGUACAAACACGGUAUUGUAAUCGGUUUCCAGAUUGUGUGACUGGUAUGCUGUAGUUCUUUGAUCCCCCCUCGUCCUGGGUGGUGGGGAACUGCUCACUUAGCGCAGCACUUUUUUUUGUGAAUGAACCACUUGAAGGACGGCCUGUUUAGCGAGAGCCUCUGCGUGCGUCAGAUCUCCCUCAUCCCGCCUGUUGGCGCAGGUGGCAUCAGGUCGGCGAGUGGAUUAUGAUAUUGGACAGAAAAUCAAUGGAUGAGUCCGAUAUUGACGUGGUUGGAGACGGUAACAAAGACGUCAAAACUCCGGACGCCUGUUCGCUGGACAUCGUAAGGAGCGUAACGGAACCGAAGGAUGCGUCAUCGUCUCCAAAACAAGAUGGGAAUAAGGACGAAAACAACUCGUCGCAAAAAAGUCCAACUACGGCCAAAAGCUCCACAACGGUGAAACCCCCGUACUCAUACAUUGCUUUGAUCACUAUGGCAAUCCUCCAGAGUCCUAAAAAGCGUUUGACAUUGAGCGAGAUUUGUGAUUUCAUUAGCCAAAGAUUUUCUUAUUACCGUGAGAAAUUCCCAGCCUGGCAGAAUUCAAUCCGGCACAACCUGUCUCUCAACGACUGUUUUGUGAAAAUGCCACGCGAGCCAGGAAAUCCCGGUAAGGGGAAUUACUGGACGCUGGACCCCAUGUCGUCGGACAUGUUCGAGAACGGGAGUUUUCUGCGUCGGAGGAAGCGCUUCAAACGGCAACACUUCCGUUUCGGUACAAUGAAGGAGAUGCCACUGGAGCUAACCGGUUUGCCGGGCUUUGCCUACGGUGCGUAUGGAAUGGGUACGGCGCGCUUUCAGUUUCCCUGUUUGGAGUUAUACAAUCUAGGCAUGGAGCACCACGCGGGGUCGUCCUGUGCUCCCACCAUCCCACCUGUCAGCAGCAUCUUGCCGGCGUUGUCGACUCUUUUCUCCAGAACUGCAGGUACACGGCCGAAAGCGUACCUUCCAUCGCAGCCACUUGCUUUUGAGUCCCUGGACACAACUCGCGGCACCCCGCUGUCGUCAACCCUGGUCCCCAGUACUGCGUUUUUACCUCCGGCCGCCCUCCAUCCGGUUGGCUCUCAGCAUCUUCUAAACCUUCAAGAGUACCACAAGUUUCAUUCCGUCCACAGUCCAGGCCUCGCCAAUAAACUUUUACAGCACCUUGGCGACGCCAGCACUUAGUUGUUUAAUUACAGGUGCCCAGGGUGACAUGUUUUGGAACAUGGCAGUUCUUAAAUGUCAUAAUUCAGAUAUGCUCAUUAACUCUCAUUAUUCAAAUAUUGAUGACAUUGUCUUAAUGGUUCAUCAGAGUAAGGUCUGCGAUUUUGUGUAAUAAAUUCCUUUUUUGAAUUUGCA